UGAAGAAGAAAUGCGGCAUAGUUCAAAACAAUACGUUAAGUUCCGCCAGUCUGGCGCCGUGUUUUCAUGAAGAUGUCUCAAAACACUUCUGACAAGGAUGACCAAUCGCCAAGUAACAAGAAGAAUAUCUCGCUCCCGAUUUCCAGAGUGAGGUUAAUAAUGAAGAGCUCCCCUGAUGUUUCCAGUAUCAACCAGGACGCUCUGUUUCUCACCACCAAGGCUACAGAGCUGUUUGUGCAGCAUCUGGCUGUGUCUUCAUUCAACAACGGCUCCGGGAAGGAAACCAACAGUCUGUCAUACAGCGACCUAGCUAACACCGCGGAGGAGACCGAGACCUUCCAUUUUCUCACAGAUAUUCUCCCUAAGAAGAUCUUGGCUCGAGAUUAUCUUAAAUCUUUGGAGCAAAUGCAAGAAGAGGAAGCCGACUAUUAAAGGGACACUCAUGAAACUGUUUUGUAUUUAAAAUGUACACAUCCUGCCAUUCACUGAGAGUGAAGUGUGUGGUUGAAGAGACACCUUGAACAUCCACAGUGCUCAUAAAUCAAGUAAAGUAACAGAGUCCUGCCCCUUACACUAUGACACAUGGGACUUCAGUCUUUAAAAAAAAAACUGUGGCAGUCAAUGGCAAGAGACAAAUCAUUUUUCAAUUCUAUUUGAAUUAAGCCAUGAAUUUCAGAUAUGUUUGUCAGUUGAAAUGAGGAUUUUAGUUGUAGUUUGUAGUUAAGAUGUUGAAAUUCCAUGACGGCUCAGUACAUUUCAUCUCAUUUAACACAACAUAAGGAGGUUGCUUUAACACAUUUCUUGUUGGUCUUUUAAGAGGAAUGAAAUGAUAUUAAAAGAGGUGAAAAUCACUUCAAGUCCGGUCAUGUUAACGAUGCAGAAAUACGGUCAACAACUUCUCAAUAUGUGUCAUCUUCCAUCAGAAAUAAAUCACUGGUCGUUACACCAGGUUAGGCAUAAUUCAUACAGGCUUUCUCACUGUCAACUACAAAAAGGAUGCACUAAUAUAUAAAUAGUUACUUUAAACAUCAGUUUUGGUCCAGAACUUCACUACUGGUGCAUCUCAAAUUUUUUUCGGCUUUAAGUUCCCAUAGAGCAGACCCAGAAGGGGCAGGACUUCACCACUGUAGAGGAGCAUGUUGGGGAAAGUGGUGCAGAUGACAGUGAUAAUCAAAAAUGUGAAAUUAAGUAAAGAUGUAUUGUCAUUUUUUUUUUAUAAUUAACCGUAAGAUGCAACAGUAAAAAAUUACAACAAUUUAGCAGUUAUCCAAAAAAGUAGCGUAAGACCAUUCAUAAUGGUUUAAUUAUUCUGCACAGGUGAUCACUACACUUGAAAUAUUUUGUUGUAGGUUACAAUACUGAUGUUGCUACUAAACACUUCACAACUGGGGAGUUUGUGGUAGCAGCAUCUUAAAAAAUUGACCCAUCUAUCAACAGAGAAUUGGUUGUAUUUUUUACUUGUGGUUCCUUUUGUCCUCAGUCUGUGCAUUCAUCCCACACAGCAGAAGAUCGUGUCAACUCCAAACGUCUUAUUUUCUUCAAAAAACAGGAUUGGAUAAAUAUUUUAGAGGUGCUGUUAAAUGUUAUUGAUACAUGUGGUAUUUUUCAAAUAUUUUGUCAUGCUUGAAUUGUGACUAGGAUGAUAUUAAAUACUUGAAGCUGUGUGAGCUAAUCAAAAAUACAAAUACCUCUUUUUUUCCAGUGAAACUGGGAAGCAAUUGAACAUGUGGUGUCUGUUUUCCUGAUGAAAUUUCACUCAGCCAAUGGAUAUUUAAAUGUAUAUAACAGCUGACCACUGUACAAGGCAUCUUUCUCAUGUAUUUACAGAUUUUAGAUUUGAUAUUAAAAUAAAGAUUCAUG